AGGGUCCAGUUGGCCUGCGGAGGAGUGGCGGCUGCACCCUGGGCUCACUAUGCAGCGCUUGCUUGUCAAGGCCUGGCUAAGUGGCCCGUGUCUCCGGCUCCUUGUGCCUCGGGCUGCUUCUAGAACGCAGUGUGGCUACAGCCGUGGGAUCUGGCGCCCCGUGGGGCCGGGCCAGUAUAGCACUGUUUCUGAAGUGGCUUUACAACCUGGAAGAAGCACAGUGCCUCUUCCUUUCAAGGCUGUCGAUCGGGUGGUGGGCCGAUGGCUUCUGAUCUGCAGUGGCACUGUGGCUGGAGCAGUUAUUCUCGGGGGAGUAACCAGGUUGACAGAGUCUGGCCUCUCCAUGGUAGACUGGCACCUAAUAAAGGAGAUGAAGCCACCUACAAGCCAAGAGGAAUGGGAAGCUGAAUUCCAAAAAUACCAGCAAUUUCCUGAAUUUAAAAUCUUGAAUCAUGACAUGACAUUGACAGAGUUCAAGUUCAUCUGGUACAUGGAAUAUUCGCACCGAAUGUGGGGUCGCCUGGUAGGCCUGGCGUACAUCCUGCCUGCUGCUUAUUUUUGGAGAAAGGGCUGGCUCAGCCGUGGCAUGAAAGGACGGGUUCUUGCCCUCUGUGGUUUAGUCUGCUUCCAGGGUCUGUUAGGAUGGUAUAUGGUGAAAAGUGGAUUAGAAGAAAAACCAGAUUCCCACGACAUCCCUCGGGUUAGUCAGUAUCGCCUAGCUGCACACUUGGGAUCUGCCCUGGUCCUUUAUUGCACCAGCCUGUGGACUUCCCUCUCACUGCUGCUCCCACCACACAAGUUGCCUGAAACCCGGCAGCUGCGGUGGUUGAGACGCUUUGCCCAUGGAACAACAGGUCUGGUAUUCCUAACAGCACUCUCAGGGGCUUUCGUGGCGGGACUCGAUGCUGGGCUAGUUUACAACUCCUUCCCCAAGAUGGGAGAAUCCUGGAUCCCAGAAGAUCUCUUCACUUUCUCCCCAAUCCUGAAGAAUGUGUUUGAGAAUCCCACCAUGGUGCAAUUUGAUCACCGGAUUCUGGGAAUCUCCUCGGUCACUGCCAUCACAAUGCUCUACUUCCUGUCCCGGAGAAUCCCCCUGCCACAAAGGACCAAAAUGGCAGCAGCAACUCUACUCGCCUUGGGGUAUACACAGGUGGUCUUGGGCAUUAGCACCCUGCUGACCUACGUCCCAACUCCUCUGGCUGCCACUCACCAGUCAGGCUCUUUGGUUCUCCUCAGUGUUGCACUUUGGCUCAUGAGUGAACUUCGCAGAGUCCCAAAGUGAUUCCAAGGGGACCAGCUUCCUAGAACUAAAAUGGACCAGAGAGCCCAGAACGAUGCUUUUGUAAGAUAACCAAGCAGCUUCCAAACUGGUCAAGUUAUUUAAAAUUCUUUGCCUGUUUUUGAGAUAAUCACUGGAUCUAGAAUGUCAUAAGUACGGUUACAUGUAAGGUUAUUUAAGUAUGUUACUUUUCAUAUUGAAAAAUCAGGUGAAAUGUAGAUAAAGAAAUGUUUAUCAUUUGUUGCUUUUUAAAA